AUGCUUCAAUCUCGUGGUGUUGCUGAUUUACUUGCAGCUGAAAAAAAAGCUCAAGAACUUAUUGAAGAAGCUCGAAAACGCAAAAACAAACGUAUAAAAGAUGCUCAAAGUGAAGCAAAAACUGAAAUUGAACAAUUUAAAGCAGAACGUGAACGUCAUUAUAAAGCUUUAGAACAACAGCAAUUGGGUAAUCGUACUCAAAUGACUGAACAAUCGAAUAAAGAAACUCAAGCACAAAUAGCUGCAUUAAAAAAUCAAUACGAAUCGAAUAAACAAGAAUUACUACAACGUAUCAUUACACUUGUAUGUGAUAUCAAACCUGAAGCACAUAUUAAUGCUCGUAUUGAAUAA